ACCAUUGGCUAACUGCCAUUCAUGUGACCUACAACCGGGCGGGCCAGACACAAAGUGCGUAUUCCUACUUCGGUGUUUACGGUCUCCAGCGCGGGAACGUGAGUGGAGAUGCUACUUUUAAGGUCUCGGUGAAGCGAUGGCGUGUAAACGAGGUGCUCUCAUUGUGCUGGAAGGAGUCGACAAAGCCGGGAAAACUACCCAGUGCAAGAAGCUGGUUCAGGCGCUGCAGCAGAGCGGACAUCCGGCGGAGAUGAUGAGGUUUCCCGACAGAACCACGACCAUCGGAAAGCUGAUCAGUGCUUACCUGGAGAAGAAAAGCGACUUGGAGGACCACACGGUGCACCUACUCUUCUCCGCUAACCGCUGGGAAAUGAUGCCUCAAAUGAAGAGCAAGCUGGAGCAAGGCACCACCCUGGUGGUGGACAGAUACGCCUUCUCCGGUGCUGCAUUCACAGGCGCCAAGCCCGGCUUCAGCCUGGACUGGUGCAAGAACCCAGACGUAGGACUCCCCAAGCCGGACCUGGUCAUGUUCCUGCAGCUGAGCCCGGCAGAGGCGGCGCUCCGGGAUCACUUUGGGGGGGAGAGGUAUGAGAACAGCGUCUUCCAGAGAGCGGUGCAGCAGAGGUUUGAGGAGCUCAUGAAGGAUCCGUCUGUCAACUGGAAGGUCAUCGAUGCUUCUCAAAGUGUGGAGGACGUACAUGACAACAUCACAGCGCAAAGUCUCAAGGUCGUCAACCUGGCUCAGAAGCAGCAUCUGGGAGAGCUGUGGAAUUGAGCGUCUACAAUAAAGUCUCUUUUCUGCUCUACAUAUAGGCUCUAUUUUAUCAUAAGUAAAACCAUGUUCAGCCAUCCUGUCCCACAUGAACAAAGGAACGAGCAGAGCCACAGUGAAGAGGAAAAACACAUCAUUACCAGGUCUAACUUGAAAAGUGAGGAUUAAGUUGUACUUCUGACAAAUUCAAACUAUUACACACAAAAAGAGGGAUUUUUAAAUAAAGUCAAAAUGUUAUGAGAAACAUAAUGCACCACAGUAAAGUGGAAAUAGGAAGGACAAAUAGAUCUAGACUGUGCAUGUAGCAACUGCUGCCCGGGUUCUUCACCGGUCAAAGCUUUAUGGGAGAGUGGCAACAAGAAAGCCACUGUUGAAGAAAAGUCAUAUUAGAUCUCGACUAGAGUUUGCCAAAAAGCACGUGGAAGACUCCAUGGUCAAGUGGAAGAAGAUUCUUUGGUCUGAUGAGACCAAAAUUGAGCUUUUUGGCCAUCAGACAAGACGUCAUGUUUGGCGGAAACCAAACUGCACAUCACCAAAAAGACACCAUCCCCACUGUGAAGCGUGGUGGCAGCAUCAUGCUGUGGAGAUGUUUCUCAGCAACUGGACCUGGAUGGCUUGUAAAGAUAGACGGCAGAAUGAAUGCUGCAAAAUACACAGAAUUCCUGGGGGACAAUCUUUUUCAAGAGAACUACGUCUUGGGAGAAGAUUUAUUUUCCAGCAAGACAACGAUCCAAAACAUACUGCAAAAGCUACACAGGAAUGGUUAAAAAAGACGCAGGUAAAUGUUCUGGAGUGGCCGAGUCAAAGCCCAGACCUCAAUCCCAUAGAGAAUUUGUGGCUGGAUUUGAAAAGGGCUGUUCAUGCCUGAUACCCGCGCAACCUGACAAAGCUUGAGCAGUUUUGCAAAGAAUGGAGCAAAAUUGCAAUGGGCAGAUGUGCAAGACUGAUUGAGACCUACAGUAUCCACACAGACUCACUGCUGUGAUUGCAGCCAAAGGUGCAUCUGCUAAAUACUGACUUGAAGGGGGUGAAUAAUUAUGCAAACAAUUAUUUUCAUUUAUAUAAUUUUCUUUCAUUAACAUUACUUUAUAGAAAUCUGUUUUCACUUUGACAUUAAGAGUUUUUUUUUCCCAAUAUUUUUUGUUAAAAAAGCUAAAUUUUAUUGACCAUGAUUGAUUUAUGAAAGCAACAAAGGGGGUGAAUACUUAUGAUAGGCACUGUAGGUGAUUAUUAUUACUAAGAACUUCAGUCCUUGCUCUUUGUUUGCAAUUUUUGCUGUUUUUUUGGUCCCAAAAAUAUUUCAACUUUCUUCUUAAAUAUACUUCAUACAUUUUCUUCUGGUACUAUUAUAACUAUAUUCCUAUAAUAUUUUGACCUUAUUCCCAUAAUCUAACUUUUCCCCCAAUCAGAUUUUCCAAAAAUUACAACUUUCUUCUGUUUUGUUUCUCAUAUUACGACUUAAAAAAACAUUUACCUUUAAUAUUUCAACUCUAUGCUACCACAAUGACAUUAUUUUAUCUCAUAAUAUCAUGGGUUUAUUCUCGAAAAUUGCAACUUUUUUCUCGUUAGAAUACGACUUUCUUUCUCUUAAUAUUUUGGCUCGUAAAAUUAAAGCUGUUUUUUUCCAUUUCUACAGUUUUUUUUUAUUUUCCAACUAUUUCAGCUUUCUUCUUGUAACUUUUAUUUUUGUAAUUAUAACUUUACUCCCAUAAUAUUUUGACUUCGUUCUCGUAACAUAACAUUUUCCGCAACCUAAUUUACUUUUUCUUUAUUUGUGGUUUAAAAAAAAAAUUUACAACUUAAAAAAAAGUCUGUAAAUAUAAACUUUGAUACUAAAAUGAAGUUUUUCUUCAUAUCACUAUUUUCUCAUAAAUUGCAACUUUUUUCUCUUAAUAUUUUGACUUUACUCUUGUAAAAUUACUGCUGAGUUUUCCAUUUUUGCUGUUGUUUAAGUUUUCUUGUUAAAUUAUGUUUUUCUAAUGUAAUGCGGGCCAAAGUGCCGAGGGCUGGCACUUUGGACACCCGUGCCCUAGCCCAGUGAUCACCAACCCCCGGGUGUGUGUCAUUUGGUACUGGGCUGCACAAAAAGAAAAAAUAAUUUCCAUUAUUUUAUUAUUUUUUUUCCCCCACAUAAUUUGUUUGAUUUAUUAUCCGAGUCUUAAUGAUGAAGACCUUAUCCUACCCGCCGCCAAAGACAUUUGCCGUGAACUUCUAGGAGAGGCUGCUGUUAAAAAGAUUGCACAGGUGCCUCUUUCAGCGAGCACUGUCACUCUGCGCAUUGAGGAAAUAGCAGAGGACAUUGAGACACAGCUGUUGGCGAGAAUUAAUAAUUCACCAUGGUAUGCGCUCCAGGUUGACGAGUCAACAGAUAUUGACAACAAGGCACUACUUGUUUAUGUGUGAUAUCUUUAUCAGGAGGAUACGCACAAAGAUAUGUUGUGUGCACUAUCGUUGCCAACCAAAACUAAAGCUGCAGAACUAUUCAAGUCGUCGGAUGAUUGUAUGUCAGGAAAACUGAAAUGGUCCUUUUGUGUCGGCAUAUGCACGGACGGAGCUGCUGCCGUGACUGGACGGCUGUCUGGUUUAACUGCUCGGAUCAAGGAGGUUGCACCUGAAUGCGAGUCUACGCAUUGUGUCGUUCACAGGGAAAUGCUGGCUAGCCGAAAAAUGCUACAGGAACUGAGCGGCGUACUGAAUGAUGUGGUUAAAGUUAUCAACCUUUAACUCGCGCCUGUUCGAGCAGCUUUGUGAAGAGAUGGAUACGAACCACAAACGCCUCCUCUUAUACACAGAGAUAAGACGGUUAUCCCGAGGGAUAUCGCUGGCCAGAGUAUUUGAAUUACGAGAGCCGCUGCAGAGAUUUCUCUCUGAAAAAAAGUCGCCGCUGGCACCACACUUCAGUGAUGAGGAAUGGAUCGCAAAACUGGCUUGUGCGACAUAUUCAGCCUGCUCAAUGAACUUCAACUUCAAGGGAAAAUGACAACUGUCAAGGUGGCAGAUAAAGUAGCUGCAUUUAAAGCCAAACUGGAUUUUUUUGGGACAGCGUGUGAACAGAGGUGCAUUUGACAUGUUUCAUACACUGGCGGGGAUUUUGGAAGAGAUUGAGCCAGCACCUUUGCUCUCCCAGCUGGUGUACGAACACCUGUCCCUGCUGUCAGAAGAGUUCGAGUGCUACUUCCCAACCACAAAAGAUCCACGAACUGCCAAGUAAUGGAUCCGCGACCCAUUUGUCAACAAACCAGGUGAAUCCAGCAUGUCAAUGUGUGAAGAAGAUCAACUGCUGGAGAUCGCAAAUGACAGGGGCCUUAAACGUCUGUUUGAGACAUGAACUCUGCCGUUGUUCUGGCAGAAUACCCCGAGAUCGCCACAACAGCACUGAAAACCCUGUUGCCAUUUCCGACAUCUUAUCUGUGUGAAGCAGGGUUUUCUGCAGUGACAGCAACGAAAACAAAAUUACGGAGCAGACUGGACCUAAAAGUAGCACACUUCGGGUUUCAUUGUCUCCCAUAACUCCCAGAUGGGACCGUCUCAUUGCAGCAAAACAAGGUCAGGGGUCCCACUGAUUCAGUGCUGCUCUGAGUAGCGAGUAUUUUCAUGCACUUUGUUUUUGUGUUGUGUCUUAUUUUGAAGGUAUGUUUAAACAUUACCAUAGCGACCAGAGUGUGUUGCAUUGUGUUGGGGGAGAAAGGAUGUUGCUCAUGUUCUGUUGUUGGUGCGACAUUACGAGGACACUGCUAAUAAAGUUCCACAUGAUUACACGGUGGAUUUACGUUCAAUAUUAUUAUUAUUAGAGAGAAAAUACCACAGUUUUGAAUGCCGAUCUUAUCGUUUUAUUUUGCUUUUAUCUGCUACACCUUUAGAUUGGGCCGUGAAAAUAUUGUCAGACAUUAAACCGGUCCGUGGUACAGAAAAGGUUGGGGACCACUGCCUUAGCGGUAAAGUCAGGCCUUCAAAAUAAAAGCACACAAAUAAUAAAUCCUAAUUUCAUUUACCUUAUUUCCAGAUGCAAAUGUUGAAAGGUAUGGUAGCAGUUGUGAGAUCAAAGUCAUUAUACAAGUUGUAC